UCCGCCUUUCCGUAGUAGUUUGAACAUGAACCCUACCUCAACACUUUACCAUAAAUAGUCUUCUGAACAUUGCAAGUCCGAUUCUCGAGGGAAGACUCUUCAAAUUUAUAUCUAAUCCUUUUCAGCAAAUUAAAGGGAAAGGGGUAGAGUGAGCUUGCCUGCAAAUCAAAUUCAUACAGCAUACCUUUAGAUACAAACAGUUCCAAUUUCUUUUGUCCGGAUGCCACAUGGUGUAAUAUUCACAGGGAUGCAAAAUCCAAAAGGGUCUGCUUGCUGUAGACUAGGGCCAAAACAACGCAAACCCCCAGUGUAAUAAUUGCACUCUGACUCUGAGCACUGUACUCAAGUGCGACGGAGGCAAAGAAGAAAAAAAACUACAAACACCUAACAAUACACACAAAAACGUAUGCAAACGAGCGAGCACCAACUGAUGUGUGUGGUGAUGUCAUAGCUCCACUGACCAAUGAGAAGAAGGCUUCCUGUGAUUGGCUAGAACCUACUGAUUGGCAGACUUGACACAGAACAUGAUUUCAGUAUUGUGUUGACCUCUUUUCCAUUGCGAGUACGGCUAUAAAUAUGCUGCUAUCACCAUCCUUGAUUAUAAUUUGCGAGGAUAUCAUUUUGUCACGUUGAUUUUAAUUACCGAAAGGUAACGAAAUCUCAAUCGCAGAUUAGAAACUUAUAAUUUUUUCGACUGCCACAACUACCAUUCGCAGACCGAAAACUUAAAGAGAUCUUCUGCGAUUUUACGUGGAAAGUUCGGAUUCAUUUCGCAACAAGUAUUUUGGGAUUGCGCUGGAGCAGCCGACACAAGCGGAAGGCCGCUACCAUUUCUCUAUUAAAGGCUAAGAAUCCAGGAAAAGUUUCAUCAUGAUUGUGAUGGUGUCGGCGGUAGGUACUGCCCUCUGCGCAGUCUACUAUCUCAAAGAACGUUAUGACUAUCAGGUUCGAAAGCUACCACCUGGGCCAACUUCAAUACCUUUCAUCGGUGAUGUCCUGAGCAUUAAUCCAAAGUCACCGCACCUUUCGCUCAGUGAGCUGGCAAAGACCUACGGGGAUAUCUUCAGCAUUAAGCUAGGUUCAGAACGUGUUGUCAUCCUCAAUAACGCAGAACUGAUCAAGACGGCGUACAGAGGCGUUGACAUUUCCCACAGACCGGAUCUCUUUUGCAUGGACGUUUUGGCGGGAGGGAAGGGCUUCCUCACGUGUAAAGAUGAAGUCCAGAGACAGUUGCACAUGAAGAUCUGCCGCCAGGCGAUGCGGGUCGUGAACAACUCUGACAUGGGGGACAAGAUUCUCCAGGAAGCCAACGAUCUUGUGAACCACUUCGCGGCACAGAACGAGAAGCCGUUCGAUCCGCAGUGCGAUCUCCACAUAGCCUCACUUAACAUUCUCUGUAACUUUGUCUUUGGGGAGCGCUACGAGCACAAUCACCCCGAAAUGAGGGAGAUUCUAGACUUUUCGGCCGAGAUUUCCAAGCUGCUUUCCCCCAUGCACCCAGUCAAUGCCAUGCCUUGGUUGAGGCACUUCCCAAACAAAUGGUUCGCCAGCCUCUUCAAGGCUCGCGACCAGAGGGACAGAAUUCUCAUGAAGAAGUAUGUGGAGCAUGUUGUAACGUACAAAGCAGGAAAGAUUAGAGACAUGCUGGAUGGACUUCUUGCAGAAACAACGGAAGCAGUUGCAGAAAACAACAAACAAGCGGUUGCUCUUCUCACACCAGAGCACAUUAUCAUCAACAUGUGGCUUAUCUUCUUUGCUGGAUCUGACACUGUCACAAACACACUCCAGUGGAGUCUCCUCUACAUGGCUGUGUUCCCCAAGAAGCAAGCAAAGGCACAGGAGGAAUUGGAGAGAGUCAUCGGCCAAUCAAAACGACUCUCGCUUGAACACAAAUCACAGCUUCCAUAUCUCCAAGCAGUCAUCAAUGAAGUUCUUAGGUACAGUUCACUCACCAUCCUUGGUGUUCCGCAUGCAGCAGCACGAGAUACUGAGAUCAAUGGAUACUUCAUCCCAAAAGGAACAUCUGUCAUGGCAAACUUCUGGUCAGUACACCACAAUGGAGAAGCAUGGGACCAACCCGAGGAGUUCCUUCCAGAGCGCUUCCUCAACGACCAAGGUACGCUGAAAGAACCAUCCCAGAUCCCACACUUCAUGCCAUUCUCCGUCGGCAAGAGGCGUUGCUUGGGCGACAAAGUGGCCAAGGCAGAACUCUUCCUCAUGCUGGGGCGACUCCUGCAGGAGUUCUUCUUCGAGAUGCCUCAGGACGUCGAGGCAGAUCUCCAAGGAGAGGCUGCAGUGUCGCUGAUCCCGAAACCCUACAAGAUCGUUGCAAAGAAGCGCCACAUCCUCCAGCCUGAGACAAUAUAAAAGAAUCAUUCUGCAGCAGUCCCAGGAUGUCGAGGCCAAUCUCUGAGGAAAGACCAGUGUCCUUGAUCAUGAAAACCUACAAGAUCGUCGGAAAGAAGAGCCACAUCCUCCAGCCUGAGACAAUAUAAAAGAACCAUUCUGCAGCUGCAAGAUAGGGAAUUCUUUCUCAUUUGAGACCAUCCACACAAAAUGAAAUGGACAGUAAAGAGAGAUCUGCUAUGAACUCCAAUGACAAUCGACCAGGAUUUUAAUUAAAGCAAAACAAAGCAGAGAGGUAUCUGAGGAGAGCUGAUGCCCUUAGCAUCUCUAAAAGAAUAUAACUUGAAACUGAUUAGAGAGAAAUUUAAUUCUUAAAAUCACAGACCAUCACCACCUCGAAAGAGUGGAAUGGGAAUAUCAUAAUACUUUGUACUUGCAGCCAUUCUUGUUUCCUUACGAGAUGAAUAACGAUUUGAUUGGAAAGCGAAAUGAAGUUGAUCUUUUUAGAAAACAAAAUGAAAAGAAAGGUUGUAAUGAAAGCACAAAUAUUCUAUGCAUUCAAAUAUCUACACCUUGUUAUUACAGCAAACAUACUGCUGUUUUUAGUUUGAAAAUGUUGAAUUCGGCUAAUAUCAUAUUUUAAUCACAGAUAUGAAUUUAGAAUAAUUAUAUGAUCACUCACAAACAGCU